UAACAACUCCAAAAAAGUGAAUAAUCUUUAGUUUGGUUAAUUAAUUAAUUAUCUGAAUCAAAGGAACCCUAACCCCUGUUCCGAUCGGUAUCAUCAUUGGCACCUCCUUUUCCUUCCAUUAUUAUAAUGCUAAUCAUAAUUAAAUCAAAAUAUAACACACAUUAUGGCAUUUGGGCAUUUGAUGCGGAGACUGUAACACUUUUGCCAAAGCGUUUCUCUGGAUGGAAAAGAAAGGUGACGGUGCUGAUGCUGAGCCUCAAUUUGACGCUGAUUUUGUGCCAGAUCCUUCCCAGAGUUGUACUGGAAAUGAAAAGGGUGACAGGGCCUCCAAGAUAUCUCAGUCCAGAAGACCCAAUCUAUCCUCACUGCAAAUACCAGCGUGGUCACUAGAUAUAGCAUUAUCUACUUUUGCAAAAACCGAUGGUCCUUCAGUUUCACGAUCAAGUCCUGGUUCUACUAGAGGACUUCCUCCAAGGCCAAAUUCAGCCAAAGUCAGGUCUUCAAUGAGAACUUUACUUCCUCAGAAGAGCGUCAAGGCAAAUACUUGUUCCCAGGAUAUUGAAAAGACAGGUCUAAUAGUUCCUAAAAGUCCUUUAUCAGAUGCUCCUUAUGAUAAAUCUUCCAUUCAUUUGUCUCUUAAAAAUAAGGUCAUCUCCCCUGCAACAAAAGGUGCACACUCAUUGCCAGUUACUCCAUUUGGAACUUCAGCUUCAGAGAACGCAGAUGGAAGACAUCUUGUAUGUGAUUCUGGUUCAAGUAAAAUGGGUGAUCAACCUCAUAUUACCCGAUCAUUUUCAGUCCCAGUUAAAAGCAGAGCCUCUAAUUUAAGGGUUACAGAUUCCAGGGGCUUGAUUCGUGUAAUUUCAGCAAGGCAAACUGUUCGUAGAAAAUCAAGUGAUGGUGGUUUGGUUCCAGAGAUUGCCAUUGAAGAUGCCACCGAGGAUAUUCCAGAAGAACAAGCAGUUUGUAGGAUAUGUUUGGUGGAGCUCGGGGAAGGAGGGAAUACACUUAAGUUGGAAUGCAGUUGUAGAGGUGAUCUUGCACUUGCUCACCAGGAAUGUGCACUGAAGUGGUUUAGUAUAAAGGGAAACAGGACCUGUGAUGUCUGCAAGCGGGAAGUCCAAAACCUCCCGGUAACACUGUUGAAAAUUUGCGAUCGUCAAACUUCUUCUAGGCAUACAUCAAAUGUGCCACCACGAGAAGUAACGUAUUACAGGAUCUGGCAGGAUGUACCAGUACUUGUCUUGGUCAGCAUGCUUGCAUACUUUUGUUUUCUAGAGCAACUACUGGUUUCAGAUUUGGGCCCUCGUGCUCUUGCCAUUUCAUUACCUUUUGCCUGUGUUUUAGGUCUCCUUUCAUCUAUGAUUGCGUCAACUAUGGUGAACAGGAGUUUCAUUUGGGCUUAUGCCUGCUUCCAGUUUGCACUUCUUAUCCUCUUAGCUCAUUUAUUUUAUACUAUUCUCAAUUUAAAUGGAGUUCUCUCGAUUCUCCUUUCCUCAUUCACUGGGUUUGGCAUUGCAAUCAGUGCGAACUCUCUGGUUAUGGAAUGUAUUGGAUGGAGAAAUAUUUGGAGGAUUCAAUCCUCUAUCCAGAAUGUUAACAUGACAGAGCAGCAGCGUCGAGAGCAUGUACAUCAUCAGAGACAGCAAAAUCAAAUAGAACAUCAACCACAAAGACGAUCAUCAACGACGGUAGAACCGCCGCAACAUCAUGGAAAUAGUUGAUCCAACUAGCUCAAGGCAGAGACACGGAUUCAAUAACUUUUUCUCGGGAAAAAGUCAGUGAAUCCGUUUCCCCUCAAGACAGUCUUCCACAACUGACAAGUACUACAAAGAAUUUUGUUCUUUUUUAACUUAAUGUUUUACACUGCAAUCAAACAUCAGGAUUUCCACUUGAAGGUGUGAACCAAGAUCAUAGUUAAAGGGGACUUUCGUAUGAUAUGUUCUUCCCUUUCACCUCACAGACACUUAUAUUGUAAUUCAACCAAUUUGAUGAAACACCCUUCAGUGCUAAUUCGCAAGUUUAGGAAAAGUUACUCGCAAAAUAAAGGCAACAAAAGAAAGUUGUUAGUGUCGCGAGGUUUCUUAGAGUGCAUGAAUUUCAUGUAAGCAGAUCCGGUUGAGAAAUUAACCAUUCAUGAAAUCACACUAC